AUGGGGAGGGUGGAGUGGGUUACGGACCAGGUGCGGGAGAGGAAGUCGAUGGUUGGGGAGGGGGUGGUGGUGGUGGGUGAGAGGGAGUAUUUGGAGGGUUCGUGGAGGGUUAUGGGUGACAUUUUUGACAUCUCGGCCGGCUGCGGUUACACACACAGAGCCGCUAGAGCGUUCCCGUGGUUAGCGAGAGACCCACAAGGCUGA